UUUUUCUUUAGAAAUGGAUCCAAAUGAGAUAUUUACCAAGCUUGAGAGAAUUGGCCGUGGCUCUUUUGGAGAAGUUUUUAAAGGUAUUGACAAUAGGACGGCGGAGGUUGUAGCCAUAAAAAUAAUUGAUUUGGAGGAAGCUGAUGACGAAAUUGAGGACAUUCAACAAGAAAUUAAAGUUCUCUCUCAAUGUGACAGUUCUUAUGUUACUCGAUAUUAUGGCUCUUAUUUAACGGGUUCAAAACUUUGGAUUAUAAUGGAAUAUUUGGGUGGUGGUUCAGCGCUAGAUUUAACUAAAAGUCAACGAUUAGAAGAAAAACACAUUGCCAUUAUUCUCCGAGAAAUUCUCAAAGGCCUUGAUUAUUUGCAUUCAGAAAAUAAAAUUCAUAGAGAUAUUAAAGGUUUAAAAAAUUUAUUAAAAGUAAUUCUUUUAAAAUUAGCUGCAAAUGUACUUCUAUCGUCACAAGGUGAUGUUAAAGUGGCAGAUUUUGGUGUUGCUAGUCAAUUAACUGAAACUGUUCGAAAACGGAUGACUUUUGUGGGCACUCCUUUUUGGAUGGCCCCUGAGGUAAUUAAACAAUCAAAUUAUGACUACAAGGCUGACAUCUGGUCACUUGGAAUAACUGCGCUUGAGUUGGCAAAUAGGGAACCUCCACAUUCUGAUUUGCAUCCUAUGAGUGUUCUAUUUCUCAUUCCAAAGAACCCUCCACCUCAACUUCAUGGCAAUCAGUGGAGCAAGAGCUUUAAGGAAUUUGUUGAAUUGUGUCUUAACAAGGACCCUGAAAAUCGCCCUCCAGUCAAGGAACUACUUCGUCACAAAUUUAUCCAAAAUGCACGUAAAAAUGAAAUUCUUCGUGAUGUGAUUGAGCGCAGUUUGGAAUAUCGUGCCCGUAAUAUUUCUCAACAAAAUGCGGAUUCUGACCAAGAUUCUGACGCAGACUCAAAUUCGGGUGGAACUCAAUGGGAUUAUCCAACUCUGAGAAGUCCAACUGAAGACGGAAUGAGAGGAUUGGGAGAUGUUGAUGGUGAUAAAUGGGAACGUGUUAGCAAAGCUGUUAACGAGACAGCUGACAAUGUGGCUACUAUUAAGGUCGCCUCUUCGAAUGUCCGAACCCAACACCUUCAAAACAAUACAUCUGUGAUAAAUAUUGAUACUUUACGGAUGCCAUCUACAACAUCCCAGCAAAAUAUACAGAAACAGUUUGUAGAGAAUCAUCAUCAAACGAACCAGCAUUCAGAAGUGCAUAAUAAUCAAAAUACUGUGAAGUCUCCUGCAGGCAAUUCAACAUCAACCGUUGUAAUUCGUGAGGGCAAAAGAAAUGUCAUUCCAGUUGUAACGACACCUAAUGUCAACAAAUCUAGCAAUAAUGAAGUUUCGUCAUUUACAUUUUCUGUUCCUGUUACAACUUCUCCAAUGGCAAAUGCCUCUUCUCCACCGCCAAUUACACCACGUCUUGUUACUCCACGCGGAUCAUUAACGCGAGCCUUUUUGCCGGCUCUGGAAAAAUUGUCUCGAACUCGUCAUGGAGCCGCUGAUUUGGAAACAAUUGCAAUAGCACUGCGACGAGCUGAAGAUGCGAGCCCGGGCCUUUGUGAUCACUUAUGUACUGAAUUGUUGACAACUUUGGUUCAUCCCCAAUGCACGAAUAUUGAACUUAGAAAAGCAAUUGAUCGGCUUACAAUUUAGAUGUUUUGGAAAGUAAAUUUGAAUAUUUAAAGUUUUUAAAACCUUUUCAGAAAAACGACCUCCCUUUCCAUUUCUUUUUCACAUUAAGACUUUUUGAUUUUGUAUUUACAACCUCACGGAAAGGAAAAGGAGUUCGUUUAAUGAAUACUGCCAUAAGGCAUAGUAUGAAAAAAUUAAUUUUAUCUUUCAUGCCCAUUUGUUUGUUCAAAUUUUUAACCCAAAAAUGAGCC